AUGAGAUCCAUCGGGUUGCUCAGUGACGUCCCCACUACGUCCGUUUUCAGUAUGAUGCCGAUAGGCUUACCUUCAUCUUUCUCUCCCAAGCGCAAACGAGAGCCCUCAGAGUCAGACUUCUAUAGCCCCUCAGCCUCACCCACAUCGAUAGCCUCCAUUGACAGUUUUCCAGAGGUUCCACUUCGGGACGAGGACGAGCUGGAAAGCUACAGUCCUCGCGCUGCAGUGGCUGGACGAUUUGGGGAGUUAGCCAUCUGCGGGGACCUUCUUUUGGACUCUGGAACUUUGACUGGCAACUCUAAGCGAGUAUCUCUGGCUCCACUGGCACAAGCAUGCGAGCCUGACAGCCACGAGCUCAAGAAUAUGCCUGAAGCCCUACCGGCCACUAGCAGCGAACCCGGUGACCGCCAAGCUCUGCGAUUCGAGCCGCCUGCAACACAGGAUCCGACCUCCUUGCCGACCUCCUCGCCCAUUUCUCCCUCAAAGAGGAAGUCUGCAACUUUCUCCCGCAAACAGUUGAACCCGUCAUCGCCAUCUAAACGCAAGCAACGUCUUUCCCCUCCUCUUGCAGGCACUCCGUCUGAAGAAGACCCGCUUGUAUGGCAUGACUCGGAAAUAACAGGCCACAACCCAUCCGACCCGACGGAUGAUGGGUACGGAAUCAAUGGUAUAGGCUUCAAGCCCACUGCCUCAAUUGCGUGGGAAAGAUCACAAAAGCGACGAAAGCAAGUGGCAGAAUGGAAGAAUCGCGAAGCCCGGGAAGCUCGUGAAAGACGACGCGAAAGGAGAAGGGAUGGUGCUGAGCUAGACAAAUUGCAUGGCAUAGAUAAAGGUGCCAUUCAGAAGCGUGUAAAAUUCAAUUUCUAG